AUGCGGAUUGUAACCUUGCUCGCCCUCUGCACUGUCCUGUGCUGCGCUCUUGACCAGAAGCAAGAAGAGUGCUUGAACCUGCAUAUCACUCCACCUAUGAUCAAAGACAUUAUGGAGACUUCCGAACUCAUCCAGAAAGAUCUACCUAGGGACAAUGCACCCUUCCACCGAAUAUUAGGAAAACUUAGGAAGUGCUCAAAGAAACUGAAUGUUCCUGACUUCAAACGCAUCCUGGAAAUCUAUGACGAACAUGUAUUCCAAAAUUUGUGGAAGAACAACACUUAUCAGCUGCCAAAACUCUUUAUGGAUUCUUUCGCAAGACUGAAGGACAUGAUGGAGAUCUGUGAGACUAAAGGCAAACAAACGCUUUCACAAUGUGCAAGAGAGAAUCUUAAAACAAUCGAGGACAAACUUAAGAUGCUGCAGCCAAAUGGUCUCUACAAAGCACAGAGUGAGUUUCGCAGUGUUUUGGUCUGGAUCAGUAACACCAUGGAUAAGAGCAGGACACAUGAGAUCCACUAACUCAGAUGAAUCGGGAUUCAGUAUGGAGGCAAAUACAUUUCUACACACCCAUCCACAGCCAGACACACACAUCCUGCAGUCAAGGAACCAGCUUCAAAUGAAAUGACACGGAUACCAAAAAAUACACAGUGGCUUGAGUCUUAUAAAAACACUAUCACUUCAUCAAUCAGUUAUCAACAGACUGCUCCCAAAGCAGUUCAUUUGAUUUCUAGCCUACACCUGCCAUCAAGUCACAUCCCAGGAUUGACCUUUUCUAGGUUAAUUUAACAAAUCUCAGGGAAGCUAUAGCAUUUUUUUCACAUAGAAAGUAGACCUAAUGCAUAAAUGUACUGGUUAGACAAGCUGUGGUUACUGAUGUUUUGCAUCAUUUUGGUAACUUGGCAUUAUGAAUAGAAAUAUUUAUAUAAAAUGCAUUAUAGUUUAAAUGAUACAGAGUAAUAUAGAAGAACUGAAGGCAUAUUUAUUAUUUUCUUUGUGUAUGUGUGUUCAUUUUCAAAUCAGUAAUUUAUUUUUUAUUGCUGUUUUCACUUAUAUUUGUAAUUCAUUUGAGCCGUUUGAAAUGUUGAAGUGGAAAUGAGAGUUCUUUGACUCUAAAAUAUGUCAUAUUUAUUGUAUUAAGUUAUAAUCCAACAUUAUUUGUAGGCCUUAUUCUCUCUGUGAGCAAUCAUUCGUCGUCAGUGUCAUAAAUGAACAAGACCAUCCAUAUUUGAACUUGAUAUUUGAAUGUACAUUGCUGCAUGUGUAGUAUUGUUUGCGAACCUUGAAACUGAAUAAAGU